AUGAUGAAAGCUACGCUUUUACCCCACGGAAUAUCCUGUCCGCGGCCCCUAGUGUACACCUCCAUUUUGGCAAAGAAGCUGGUCGCCAAGCAUCUGAACAGUGCUGCGACGUGCAUCGACAAGCCUCCCAUGCAGGGAAUGUUCAGCAGGACACUGUUCGUUACCCUCGCUGACGGCCGUAAGGUGGUUGUGCAAUUUCGUACCGAACCGCUCGACGUCGACGCGUUCAAGAUUGCCAAGGUGGCGCUAGGUUCAUUUGUCCCGGACGCUAAAGCUCUCGGCAAUGAAGAGUUAGAGAGCGCGGGUGCCUGGGCUUAUUCCCUCGCCCUCAAGAUGUGGCAGCGUGGAAUCGCAGGGAAGGGAGCCGAAGGGCGUAUUGCCGUCAACAACUAUGAGGCUGUCGAAACCAAGCUUCGACCGCACCUGGACGCCAUCUUGGUGUCGCCGUUGGAAGAUAUCCUCCCCUACAAAGCGACUGUCGAGAGCUUCGCCAAGAGGCUUGACGAGUUUGCCCAGCUCCCGCUGUGGGUUGCCCAUUACGAUCUCAACGGCGUGAACGUGCUCAUCAACGAGAAAUGCGAGGUUAACGCCUUGAUCGACUGGGAACUCUCCACCCCGCUGCCUUUCGGUGCCGGCUUUGGCCGCAUCCACACCAUUGCUGGUGAAUACACUGGAGGCGAGUUCUGGAUGCCGGAUGAAUUCGAGGUUGCGGAAAGGGGCUUUUGGACGGAACUGUUCGCUGCUGGAGAAGCGCAUUGA